UAAGAAGAAAAGACGUUGCGUUAAGUUCAUUCCGUCCCUGUUCGUUAUUAAUUGUACAUUUGUAUUUCGUAUGACACACUCAGCGACUAAUCUUACUCUAAUCAUCUUUUGCGGAUAAACUCGUCUCUGUGCAGGUUGAAGCCUCUCCUGCAAAUUUAUGAACACUGCUAGCCUAGCGACGAAGUUAGCAACACACACGCCAACUGAGAUCAAGUAUCCGUGUGAAGUGCUGCGAUAGUGUGAACAAUGUGUGAAAGAACUACAGUCGAGCACGAUGGAGGAACUUUCUCGAACACAAGUCUACAACGACCGACAACGACUGGACGCUGUUUUCAAGCCUCAAGACAUCAGUGAAGAUCUUCAUCCUGAGCAGCAGGAGUGGAGCUCCAGAGUGGAGGAGGAGAAGCCAGAGCCCCCCCACAUUAAAGAGGAAGAGGAGCCAGAAGCCCUAAAUAUGAAAGAUGAAGAAGAGGAUCUCAGCAUUAGUCAGGAGGGUGAGGUCUCCAAGUUGCCAUUUACAGUUGUGCCUGUUAAGAGUGAAGAUGAUGAAGAAGAUGGUGCCGGAGACCGCUGUGUAGGCUCUCGAGCAGACAGCCUCUUAGCUCCAGUCUCAGAUAAUGACGACCCAAUGUCACACUCUCUUGACACUGAUGAUGAUCACUCAGAAGGUGAUAAGAGACGUCACAUUAACAACACACGCUUCAAAUGCUCAGAAUGUGACAAAACCUUUUAUGACAGUAGUAAUCUGAAAAGACACAUGAGACGUCACACAGACUACACAGGCUUGAAAUGCUCUCAGUGUGACAAAACGUUUUAUGACACGUCAACCUUGAAACGGCACAUGAGGGUCCACACUGGUGAGAAACCAUUCAGUUGUUCAUUUUGCGGCAAAAGAUUCUCUCUCAAGUCAAACUUUGUAACACACACAAGAACACACACUGGAGAGAAGCCAUAUUCCUGUUCAGUCUGCAACACAAAUUUUAGUGUUAGUUCAUUAUUGGUCCAACACAUGAGAACGCACACUGGGGAGAAACCCUUUUCAUGUUCAGUUUGUGGUAAGAGAUUCUCCCAAAAGGGAACUUUAAUAACUCAUUCAAGAACACACACUGGAGAGAAACCCUUCGCCUGCUCAGUUUGUGGCAGACAGUUCUCCCAAAAGGGACAUUUUGUUAGGCACACGAAAAAACAUACUGAAGAAAAAAUGUUUACUUGCUCAGUCUGCAACGCAAGUCUAAGUAGUCAUGCAGUGUUAAACAAACACAUGAGAACGCACUCUGAGAGACCCUACAGUUGCUCAUUUUGUGGUCAAACAUUCACUUUAAAGGUAAGUUUGAUAAGGCACACACGAACACACACAGGUGAAAAACCUUUUGCCUGCUCAGUGUGCAGUAAAGUAUUCUCUCAAAAUACAAAUUUGAUGAUACACACAAGAAUACACACUGGCGAAAAACCUUUCAUCUGCUCAGUCUGUAAGAUAGGUUUUCGGGAUCGUUCAAUAUUGGUUCAACACAUGAGAACGCACACCGGUGAGAAACCUUUUACCUGCUCAGUCUGCGGCCAGACGUUCUCUCAAAGGGCAAAUUUGACGAGACAUAAAAGAAGACACAGUGGAAAAACAAAAUUUGUCUGCUCAGUUUGCAACACAACUUGCAGUACGAGUUCAGGGUUGUGUGAACACAUGAGCGGACACACUGAAGAGAGUAUUUAAUGUUAAGUUUGUUUUAUCUUUGCACAGUAAAACAAAUGGACUUCAAUUAAACAACAAUUGAAAGCAUGAUUUCUAUUUGCAAUAUACACAGUGUGUGAUCUGCUCUGAUUUGAUUUGCUGUGAUCUAUUAACCGGAGUUAUAAUUCCCAAAAGAACAUUCUUUCUGAAUAGUCUCAGAAUUUUUCACUGCAUAUUUUAUUUAAAUAAAUAAC